AUGUCUGAAAGGAAGCAGAAACAGCGCCUCAAGAAGGCACGCCGGAUGUCGGCAGCAGCUGCUGACGAGGAGAAUGUCGCGUCGCCCGCUGAAGGUCCGUCCUCGAGCCGCGUAAUGGGCAAACACAGAGAGCGAGACGAAGGUCCCAGUGUGGUGGCAGCGGUGGCUGGACCCGCUAAGCGGCACCACAAGCGCGAGCGAUGGCUCAUGACGCGCAAGACGUGGCGCUACAUGGCGGAUGCAGGCCGCCGCCUCAUCCCGGAGGGCGUGCGCAACAGGCCCGAAGACCUGCCCAAAGUCGAGGCCCACUUCCAGGAGGUGUGUCGCCGAGAGCCGCGCUUCCUUCUCUGGAGGAAGGCGUCCUACCCUGGAGCUCUAGGGUUCAGGAGGAAGCAACACCACAGGCGCAAGAAAGGCGGCAGUUGUCGGGAGAGGAUGGUCAGCUCGGCAGACGAGGCCGAAGAGGGAAUAGCGCCUUCGGGAACUGGGGCACUCCUACUCAAGCCCGAACCGGGGGGCAGGUUCGAUCUGCAGAGGCUGCGGAGAGAGUUUCUGCUGGGACCGGACACCGCCGACGGAGAUACCGCUCCUAGUGUCCCUCCUCGCAGACCCGAUUCCCUCCCUCUGCCGGGCGCCACUGGCUUCGCCUUCCGCCCACAGAGGCAGCAAUUGUCCCCCACGUCGGAAGAAGCUGAGCGCAAGGAAUUCUUGGAGCUCCUCAAAGAGGUUCUCGACCAACAACAGGGAGAAACGGGUCCGGACACUGCCGACAGACACAGUGAAGAAAUAGAUUUCGAUAAACUUCUCGAACACCUGCGUGCUGUGCAGGCUUCUCCGGAUGACGACUCGGAGCCCGACUCGCGGGGAUUCGUUCCGUUACAGACAGUCAAGGAGCACACGCAGUUGGAAACGGGUGACAGGAAACUCGCCCUGGGCAGUGGGCAGCUGCCACCUGCAAGGAGCACUGACCAGCUGUACUACCAGCUGAAGAAAACCGACCAGAGCAAAGGCGAAACUGCAGACAACCAGUUUCGAGUGAACCUCAGGAAAGUUGAGGACCAGAACCAGCAAGGAGGCAGUAGCCAAGAUUUUAGGGCGAGGCUGAAGCAGAAGAGUCCAGACCGGAGUAGAGACGGAGCCUCGAGCAGAAGUUUCUUUCCCACCCUGCGAAGCAGGAGCACGCCGGACGUCGUCGGUGGAAGAACUCCGGAAACGUACGGUGAGAGACAGGGAUCAGAUUUUUCUUCAAAAUUCUCCCCCAGGUCAGAAUCACACUACGCUCCCCCUACUUCUCAGCACCAGAUGCUGCUAGACACUUUGCGGCGCCACUACAGCAAAUCUACGAGUCGUCAGAAAGUUAUAUCCGAUCUAUUGACUGACCGGAAGUUGCUAGCUAAACUGUACUUCGACCUCCAGAAGAGCAGAGAGUUCGGGAGACGCAAAGGUGGCGGAAGCAGCAGCCCAGACUCCCCCGGGUUCUGGAAGGAAGCCGGGUCGGGAAGUGCAGAAGGGCAGUAUCGCCUCAGGCGGCGAGAGGACGGGCACAGGGCCGCAGGAGGGGACGCGUACGACAAGCAGGACUUCAGCGGGUGGAAAAGGUCCGGGCGACAGCAGAAACAGAGGUCGAGGGACGCCUCGCCGUUUUCGCCGCCGCCACUCAUAGAAGUGCAAGAAGACGAGGAGGAGCGCUACGCCAGCGCGAGCACGCAGACUCCUCCCAUUCCGGCAUCCACGAUAGCGGCCAUCGAGGAACACAUUCGCAAGAGAGAGGCUGCCGCAAAGGAGGAGAAGGAACCGGAGUCGUCAGGUAAGGAAGCCGAGACGGCGGAGACAUACGUGCCGCAGCCGAGACGCAGGAGCAGCGUCGACCACGACGACGUCUCGCCGUCCGUCAGCGACACGAUCAAGAGGUACCUCCGCAUGGCUCGCAAGAAAAGUGUCGAUGCGGACAAGCAAGACCGGUUCAAGCGAGUGAAUUACGACCGCAACCUGCGCAACAUUCGGCCUAAGGGCGAGAUAGGCAGACCCGGCGACGACGACGGGCUGGGCAAAGGGGCGCAGACGGAGCAGUCGUGGGUGGAGGCGAUGCGCGAACUGCACGUGGAGGACGUGUCCGCGAGCGAGGCGGCGGCGGCGGCGGACGCAGCGGCGGGCUCUGGCGCGCCCUCGGACGGCAGCCGCGCGCCCAGCUCUCGCAGCAGCUUCGACGCGGGCAGCUGCAGCGGCAGCGGGCUGCUGUCGCCGCCCAGCCCCGGCCGGCCGCAGGGGCUGCUCGCCUCCGGCCACAGCUUCCUGCAGCACCUGCUGCACGGCCUACAGCAGUCUUCCUCUUCUGCUCCCGCAGCGUCCGCGGUCGCCGGCGGCGUCGGCGUCGGGGGCAGCGGCGGCGCCGCGGGGCCCGUCGCCAUGCAGAAGUCCAAGUCGUCGUCGUCCGUGGUGCACCACGGCAGCCGCCUCGUCGCCAAGAAGAUAUGGCGCGCGCGCUCCAAGAGCCAGAGCCGCGCCUCGGCGCUGGCCACCUGCACCUGGACGCCGCAGGGCAACUGCACGUGGUCGAACGUGUCCGGGAGGCAGGUGCAGCUGUCGGACGUGCCGCUGCUGCAGCUGAGCGAGCCCGAGCGCCUGGUGCUGGCGCAGGUGGCGCUGGCCAAGCUGCGCGCGCUCAACCUGGGCGUCACCGUGCGAGUGCCCUCCGAUACGGUGGCGGCGCCGUCGCACAAGCCCAAGAGGCGUGCCUACCUGCUCAAGCGGAAGGCGCUCACUACCGGCUUCUUCGACACUGGCCGCGCCAAGGACGCCGACAAGGACAAGGAGAACACGGGGCAGGUGUUCGGCGUGCCGCUGAGCCAGUGCGUGGAGACCGAGCGCGUGAGCAGGCUGGCGCUGAGGGGCAGCCGCAGCGGGGACCUGCGCCAGCAGUCGCGGCACGGCAGCCGCUCCUCCUUCAGCAGCCUCAUAGAGGGCGCCAGGCCCGAGGAGAGCGGCUCGUGCGAGAGCCUGCUGGUGGGCAGCGUGCCCGGGCUGCUGGACUCGCUGUCGUGCGGCUCGUCGGCAGACAUCCUGACGGCGCCGCCGCCCGAUGACGAACCGUGCAUCCCCGGCGUCGUGGCCGCCUGCCUCAACCACCUCGAGACCUACGGCCUCAACACGCUCGGCAUCUUCCGCGUCAGCACCUCCAAGAAGAGGGUUCGCCAGUUGCGAGAAGACUUUGACUGUGGCAAGGACAUUACCCUUGGUCGGGAUCACUGUCCACAUGAUGUGGCCACUCUGUUGAAGGAGUAUUUCAGGGAUCUGCCAGAACCGUUGCUUUGCAGGGACCUGUAUCCAGCCUUCGUUCAGACACAGCGGAUACGAAACAGACGGCUGCAGUAUGAAGCUCUGCAGCACUUAAUUCAGCUCCUGCCUGUGGCAAACAGAGACACCUUGUGGUCACUCGUCAGCUUCUUGGCCAAUGUUGCAAGACAUGCUCCAGAUACCCAGGAUGCCUCAGGUGAAUGGGUCUUGGGUAACAAGAUGGAUUCUAACAAUUUGGCAACUGUUUUUGCUCCAAAUAUUCUGCACUGUGUAAAGCCAGGAGCAUCUAAAGACAUACCUACCACACAGGAAAGAGCAGAGGAUCGGAUAGAUGUUAUCAAUGUUUUACGCACUAUGAUAGAUCACUAUAGGGACCUUUUUAUGGUGCCAGCAGAGCUUCUAGAUGAAGUGUACGUGCAUAUGAUGGACAGUCACCCUGAUGCACUCAAUCAGCUUCUUAACAAACGUGCUGGGACAGAUGACGUCCUGGAUGAUUUGGAGACACCCACUCAAGAAAGUGAGUCAACAUCAACACCAAGAACACCAACAGCUGACGUUCUCGAGCUACAUCUAGAAGAACCAGCAGAAGCAUCGGAAGCACAUGGAGUUAUACGAAGAAUGUGGUCUCGUGAAGAGUUUCUCCAUGAAACAGCAGGCAUGGGUGGACCAGAUGUGGCAAUGAGACCCAGACAUAAAGAACGCACUCGAGAAAGACCUUCUAAGAAACGGUGGCGUGAGGAACCGCUGAAACACAAUCGUCCAGCCGAAGGAGACAGCAGAAAAUCUAGUGAUGCCAGUGCAGUAAGUGGUGAAGGUACUGUCAUCACUGCAUCACUGAAGAUUCCUGUCCCUGGAUCACUAGGCAUCGAUGAGAGUGACAUACCUUUCAUUGAAGACAGUGGCUGCAGUGCAUCCACAGAUAGCCAGCAGGGAGCAGUGCAUGGGUCAACGACAAGACGGCGACGGCAGCACUCUGCUAGUGGUAGUGAUUCAUCGCAGACAUCAAUCCAUCCAUCUGCGUCAGCUGAUUCAGCACUGGGAUCUUCAUCAGUAGCCACCACAACUGUAAGCAGUCCGCCUCGACAUGCAACGCCACCAUCUCUUUGCAGCAGUGCUUCGCCUCCACCAUCCUGGGCAUCCAGUCCACCCACAUCUCCUGAUGCAGCUGCAAAUGCAUCGUUUGUGGGUCUACAUGAUGACAGAACAACUCAUCUAACUGCUGGUGCAAAGUCUUCCUCUGUUACUGCGUACCAGAGGCAACAGUCAGAACAAGUUAAGGGCACUGUAGUUAUGGCAAAGGAAGUGGCACCUAUUAUUCUUCAGAAAGUGACAUUUGCUUCCACAAGUGAGCUACGACAAACUCAGAAAGUGGCAGAACAAGCUCCAGUGAUACAUUCUAAAGAAUUUCCUCCUACUGUAGAACAGCACCAUGUUUCCAAAGGAAGUGGAAUGCCUGUCUCCACACUACAAGUAGCAGACCAGUUAUCUAAAAGUGCUAGCACUUCCUCUAUGCCAUCAGGUAGUGUUUCUUCUAAACAAGUGAUAGUACAGGACCCUAAGACAAAUACAGAAGCAUUGGAACAAAGGCUAAGUGGUGACAGGAAGUACACUGCAAGUAUAUCAAGUAUUGGGGGAGCUGUUUUGCGCUCAAAGACAGCAGACAUAGAACGUAUGUUGAGGAUAGAGAAAGUGGAAAAUGCAAAAGCACCACAGGUGGUUGAACCUACACAUCAGGGAGACCAAGAGGAUAAGAAGAAGUACACAAAGCGCAGGUAUACUGAAUCUCGUCAUCAGACAAGGCAUAUUCCUGAUGUAAACGCUUUGCGAGAUGCAGGUGUAGCAGCAGAUAUGUCUGUACCCACAGUAACUGCAGCCCAAAGAAGAAACCAACAGCAACAGGGGCCUGUGUAUAAGAGAAGAGAACUGAUUGCUAGUGAUCCAAAACAAAAUGAAACAUUUCUAUAAACAGUUUUGUAUUAUAUGAUUGCUAGUCAUCAGUGUGUUCCUGUUUUGUACUUGAUAAAUGUACCAUGAAGAAAGAAACUGUCUGACAUAUGCUUCUAUGAUGUACAUACACAACUUUUUCUUCACUAAUCUAUUCUUGUUGUAUGUUUGUCUGUGCAAUGUUACUACAAAAUAUUCACAACAUUGCUUCUCAAAACAGAUUUAAUAAGACAAUACCCCCCCCCCAUCUCUCUCUCUCCCUCUCUUUCCCCCUCCCCCUGCCCCCUUCAACAACCUCUUCCCUCUCUUAUUCUUACGAAGUACAAUACUAUAAGAGUACAGUCUGUAUAACAAAAGAAAUAGAUUGUCAUCACUAGUUUUAUUAUGAAUGAAUCUUAUAAUGACAAGUUUUACAGUGUUAAAUCUACAUUGUAACUAAUAAAAUUGCUGAUUACUUUCUUUUCUGAGAGCAAUUGGUGCAAAGGUUUUCCUUUACUAUCAAUUUUGUUAUCAUGUUCUAUCCUAAUUUGUCAAAAAGUUGAUUUUAUCAUAUCUCACUGUCACUUUUGAAAGAUUAGUUUUUGCCAUGUGUUAUCAGUUCUGCUACAUUACAAGUCACAGGAAGUACAACUCAAGUAAAACACAAAUGAAAUGUACAAUGAUUAUACUCUGCAUAAGAUAAAUGAUUUCUCUGUACAAUAUUUAUUUUACAGAAAUACUGCAUAUAAAUAUAAAUUUUAAUUUGUAAAA